CACAUACUGAGAGCAAGAUGGGUGGCAAGGUUCUUCUGAUGAGUGCUGUCUUGGUGGGGCUUGUUUCACUGAGCUCCUGCAGGAGCCUGGGAGAGUUGCAUGAGCAGAAGACCUACUCUUCUUCUACGCCCCACUAUGGGGGCUCACCAACUCCCUCGCAUGGGUCAGGAGGAGGCUACAACCCGACACCGACACCAACUUACGGUACUACACCAACGCCGACGCCAUCUUACGGCACUACACCGACGCCAUCUUAUGGCACUACACCGACGCCAUCUUACGGCACUACACCGAGCACCCCAAGUACACCUUCCCAUGAAGUCCCUGCAAGUCCAAAGAAGCAUGGAUUCAUUGGAUCCUGCGACUUCUGGAAGAAUCACCCAGACGCUAUAAUUGCAGCUAUUGGGUCCCUUGGCAACAUCGGCAAGACAUUUGGUGCUGCAUGCAGUAUGAUAGGUGGCAAGAAGCUAGGAAAUAUGCAUGAUGCACUCUCAAACACUAGAACUGAUGGUAUUGGCGCCCUGAUACGCGAGGGGGCAGCUGCAUACCUCAACUCCAUUGUGAACAACAAGUUCCCAUUUACAACCCAGCAGGUGAAGGACUGCAUCGUCGUGGCCGCGACCUCUGAUAGUGCUGCUUCUGCCCAAGCUGGGGUCUUCAAGAAGGCAAAUGAAUCCCACUACUAGUUUUAGUCAUGGGUGUUUCUUGGCUAAAUUUCUUCCUACCACGCAUUUUUCUUGAUUGAUGCUAUCUUGUGGCUUGAUAUAUUUAUCGUAUUUUUUUUUGAUUUAUCAUGUAUAUCACUAUCUAAUAUAUUCUGAGUGUAAUAAAUCCAUCUUUUUCCA